AGGGGUUAGUGAGAGCGAUAGCGCAGUGCUGGAGGGUUGGCAGCCCUGGACACCCACCUCGUCAGGAAGUCUUGUCUCUCCUCGUCACUCCUCCCGUCUACCACCUCUAUCCUCUCCUCCACCAGUGCUAUCCUCUCCUCCACCAGUGCUAUCCUCCUCCCAUCCACCAGUGUUAUACUCCCAUCCAUUAGCUCUAUCCUCCCCGUCCACCGUCGUCUGUCCAAGCUCACACCAGCGGGAAGAUCAUAUAUUACUCUUGGGGGACGAAGAGAACACAUAACCACAGCUAUAUACCGUGGAACAGGAGCACUCUUCAAGGUAUCGACGUUAUGACCCAGUGAAGCCAUCCUACACAUCUACUUCCCGAAGAAACUCAAGGCAACAGAAAGCCCUCCCAGAACUCUUAAUAUUUCGAGCCCACUACUGUGAAUAAUCCCUUAAAGAACCUCUUUACCCUUCAAAACAAUCUCCACUGAUGCCCAAUAUCCAAGCUGCUCCUAAACACCCCUCCCUCUCCCAGGACCUUUCCUCCCCACCCAUUUAGAAAAGUCCAACCCCCUUAGAAUUUCCUCCUGACGCUUGGCCGACCUUGAGGGAGAGUAGGUCGAGGAGGAGCCCAUUCUUGCCAGCGGGAUGAGCGCCCUCCGGAAGAGUCUAGCGCCGGGGGAGCACCGCUCCUCCUCGGUGCUCAGCCACGAGGCCAACCUCAGGAUCUUCGCCCUCCUCGGCUCUAAGGCUCAGGCAGUGAGCACGGGUGUGGUGACAGUGAUGGGGGCGGACCCCCCCGAACACACCACCUGGCACCCCCUACACACGGGCGUCGUAACUCUCACUAAGGACUACGCCCGCAAGGCCUACUUCCUCCAGGUGUACGACCUGGUGGAGUGGCAGCGGGUGCAGGAGGUGGAAGUGACGAAGGGCGCUCGGUAUCUCUGCUCUUCUCCGCUCUUCCACCAGCUCCCAGCACAGGGUAGGAUGCUGGGACUGAAGUUCGCCAGUGAGGUGGACGCCAGGGAGUUCGCUGCUGCUGCUGCCUUGGUCGUGGCGGGAGCCGCGCCCCGCAAGCCCGAAGGUCGUCCACCACCUUCCCCGAAGGAGAAGACAGCAUUGACUCAGGAGAAGAAGCAGCUGGCAGAGACCAACCACCUGGACACAAACGGCGCAGCAGGAGUGGCGCCCCUCCGUGACCAGCUGCCGCACAAGCAACGCCAGGGGACUAAAACGCGAAAGGAAAGGCAGCCAGAGCAGCUUCAUAAGCAAGCAAAGCCACCGCCACCACAACCACCCCCACAUCCACCACCACAAUCACCACCACAUCCACCACCACCGUCGCCACCACGCCCACCUCCACAAUCACCACCACAACCACCACCGUCACCACCACAGUCACCGCGACCCCAACAGACCCCACAACUGUGCUUCCCACCACAGCCUGGAGAUAAGAUGACUACACUAGACAGGAAACGAACCUGGAAGAAACUGACGAAAGACAUGAUCAGCAGCCCGACCAACUUUCAGCAUCUUUACCAUGUUGGUUUCGACCCGGGAGCUUACCCGCGCUACUCCACAACAAACGAGGAACGGGAGCAGCAGCAGCAGGAGGAGGACGAGCACCAGUGGGAGCAGCACCAGCAGGAACCACACCAGCAGGAACCACACCAGCAGGAACCACACCAGCAGGCACCACACCAGCAGGAACCACACCAGCAGGAACCACACCAGCAGGCACCACACCAGCAGGCACCACACCAGCAGGAACCACACCAGCAGGAACCACACCAGCAGGCACCACACCAGCAGGCACCACACCAGCAGGAACCACACCAGCAGGAACCACACCAGCAGGCACCAACGGCACCUAACACUGGAUUACACAUGAGGGGUGUGGAUCCCAGUAAACGGCCCGCUCCCCCACCUCCUCCCAGUCCAGUGGAGGCCCACAGUGCGCCAACCAUCACCGCGCCAAUAUUUCCAGACUCGGCUGACAGUACACUCCCCGCCGUCGUCCCCAAUGUCUCCUCUUCGCACCUGUCUCUGGGUUUUACCACCAUCACCACAUCUUCCACUACCACCACUCCCAAAGCUACUACCUCUAUCUCCACAGAUAAUUCCAAUGAGGCAUUAUUGACGCCUGCAUCUUUCUUCACCGUGAACUCUACCCUCGAGACAUCGUCGGGUCUUACUCCUAGCAUGACCACUACCACAAGUUAUCCCAGUGGAGAACCACCCACGUCUGAGUUUCCUCCCCACACCGCCACCAUCGCCACAAACUCAUUGUCUUCUGCAUCUACACUCAUCACUACCACAAACUCAUUCGCUGAGGCACUCUCAACUACUAUCCUUCCCAAUUCAUUUACUGAGGGGUCUUCCCUUGAUUCGAACUGUGACGCAGAGCAAAACACUUCCCUAAGUGCAACGCCAUCAGGGACUGUUGCUUCAGCACAAGAUACAAAUUCUUCUGCUGAUCUGACAGACGAUUUUGCAGCCAUGAGUUUUACUCAGCUAGCGUUUGGUCAGCACUCCGUGGAGUCUUCCCUAAGAGAAGAGACUGACGAUCGUUCAGAAAAAGGUUCCUACGUUGAGUCUGAAGAGACAACUGGGUCCUCCAAUUUAGGCGAAUCAACUUCUUCAAAUGAUUUGCAAGAAAUGAUUGUUUUGAGCGCUGUAGAAGACCCAAGAGGUCUAACUACUUCAGUCGGAGAGUCAGGUGCGUCCACCACAGACGGGGGUUCUGAGUCAGGCCUUACUACUUGCACCACAACUACCAGCCCGUAUUAUCCUUCCUCCAAUAACACCAUGGAAGUCACAGAUCCAUGUCAUAGUUCCUCCACCAUCACAACAACGUCAACAGAUUCAGGCACCAUUACCUCCGUCACCACUACCACCAGUGCAUCAGCAGAUCCUGGUCCCAGUCUACCCACCACAACAUCGAAAGAUACAGAUCCUAAAUCCUUCGCCUCCAACAAUACAGAGCCAGGUCCUUCUGUCUCCAGUAUUACUCAUCAAACGUUGUCGACAGUCACUAGCACAAGCCAGGAACCAAGUUCCCUUCCAGUUAUUGUGUCGUUUACCCUCAAACUCUCGAGUGCCGGUUCUCGCGCUGCUUCAAAGACCUCCGACGACACGACUCCUUUUCUUCGCUCCUCCACCUCCUUAGAUUCCAACUUGCCGGCUGCUUCCUCCACCACUUCGACCGUAAGUUGUGAGGGAGCCUCCACGACCACCAUCGGCAAUGCAAGACCUGCGGCUGUCUCCAGCGUUGCUCGUAGAAUGUCUCUACAAUCACUUCCUCCACGCAAGCCUAAAAGGAGACCAUUGUCUUGCAUUCCAUUAGGCGCUCCUCCGCCACCUCCGCCGUCCACCCCACCACCUUCACCCUCCACAACUCCCCCUCCGCCUUCCACCCCUCCACCUUCACCCUCCACAACACCGCCUUCACCCUCCACAACACCGCCUUCACCCUCCACAACACCGCCUGAACCCUCCACAACACCGCCUGAACCCUCCACAACACCGCCUGAACCCUCUACCCCACCUCCUUCACCCUCCACCCCACCACCUUCACCCUCCACAACACCCCUUCAACCCUCCACCCAACCACGUACAUCCUCCACAUCACCACCGCCUCCGACGUGAUGGAGGCAACAAUCUUUCCAAUACUAGUCUCUCCCUCCGGCAACCAAUAAUGAUCUAGUGACGUACAUGGCAACCAACCAUCAUUUCGUCUAGUGACGUUCAUUGUUGCUGAUUUUGGAGAGAAUGCUUACAGUAUUGAACACUUAUUAUUAUUAUUGUAUAUAACAAUUCAAGCUCAAUUUCUUGUGUAUAUGUAUACCGAUGAAUUUCCCUUGUCCUCUGCUCUCCAUUUGUGUGUUGUUAAUUCUUAAAGCUAUUUGCAAACUGAUAGAUAAAUUUCCUAAUAUUUAUUAACCACACGUGGAGCUUUUUUUAUAUAUCAGUAUUUACCGUAUUAAUUGGGUUAGUAUUUGAGAUGAAGGUAUUAAGUUGCACUUGGAAGGUUAUUGAUAUAUAUAUAUAUAUAACAAAAUGGGCUAAGAAUGCUGUCGUGGGGACGCCAAUAUAAAUUGGCUGUGUGAGGAGGCGCCGUUCGCACACUGGGGGGGGGGUUCGUCUAAUUACCCAAAGCUUCCUAGUAUUACGCAAGUAAUGAAGAAAUAUGAUAUAUUUACUCACUAUAAUGUUGGUGCUGAAUGUAGAACAUUAAGAAUAUAUUUGCUCUGAAAUAACUUAAUUUUAUAACGAAAUUAGAUGAAACUUAAGUGGCAGGUGACGCCAUAGGAAGUCGCCUAUCCAAGCGACAGUGUUGUGGAACGACUUAUUCAAGAAAUAUUUAUGAUCUCCCUAAUGGUAUAAAUCCAUUACGCCCAGUGCAGUUCCAUCACUUGAGAAUGAACCAUGUAGGUUCGAAAUGUGUAAAUUUAUAAUAAGUAUAAUACAUUCUAAAGUUAGUUAUUUUCUUUUUUUAGUUUACCUCGAACAAAGAUGACAUUUGGAGAAAUUCUCUUCCAAUUAAACCAAAAUGCAAAAGCACUAGUCAGAGGGAUAGAAGCCCUAAACAAGAAAAUAAUCAAUACAGUCAUAUUCAAUGAUAUAUAUAUAUAUAUAUAUGAGGGAGCCUCCAUACAUAUUGCCUGAACCCAGCCUCCCUGUCAAAGGGAGGCUGGGUUCUGUUAUUACUAUUAUUAUUACACACAUAUAUACAUAACUAAAUAUAUAUAUAUAUAUAUAUAUAUAUAUAUAUAUAUAUAUAUAUAUAUAUAUAUAUAUAUAUAUAUAUAUAUAUUUGUUAAUGUCACUUUAGUUUUGUUUGCGUCUCGUAUUAGUUACUUUGGCUGUUGGAGGCUAGAGCUGCACUUGUGUACAGUGCGCUAUCUGUAGUAAUGCGCUUAUUAUAUAUAUGUUGUGUUAGCCCUUCAUUUUCAGUAUAUUUGAAUUGUUGAA